AUGGAUUUACAGAUAACCUUGAAGGAGACCAUAACUGUGAGGCCAUGUGAACGGUCCAAUACACAAACUGUUGAGCUCUCUGGUCUCGACAGGAUGUCUCCAGCAAUUCUCUACAUGGUCUUAUUUUUUAAGUCUAAGUUGAAAAAUAAAAUUGAUCCUGUUGAAAGAGCCAAAAGAGCUCUCCAAAAGGUGUUGGUCCAAUGGUAUCCGGCUGCAGGGAGAUUUAAAUUUAAUGAGAGUAGUGGGAAACUGGAGAUUGAUUGCAACGAUGAAGGAGUCACCAUGGUCGUUGCUUUCUCUGAGUCCAAGCUUGAAGAGCUUGGUUGCUUGCAUGAAUACAAACCUUGCUACGAAAAGCUCGUCCCUAAACAUCCUGAAGCCAAUGAUAUAUGGGAAAAUCCCCUAGUUGUUGUGCAGGUGACAAAGUUUGCUUGUGGAGGGAUUUCAAUAGGAAUAGGAGGCAGCCAUGCUUUGUUCGAUGGCGUUGGUGGGUUCAACUUUCUUGCAGCUUGGGCUACCACAUCAAACGAGAAAGAUGACUCAGACCUCGUUGCGCCCAACCAUUCAAGAGCUGCCCUUCUUCGAGCCAUCUAUUCUCCCAAUUCAAGCCCUAAAACUUCUUCAAUAUAUGAACAAGAACACGUUGCAGCUAUUCAACACCUCUAUGGCAUACCUAUGCAAGCCAUUGCCUCUGAUGACCGAUGCUGGGAAACAGCACUAUCGAAAUUUGGGCAGAUUGAGCCUCAAGGUGAGCUUGCUCUUAUCACACUUAGUGUGCAGGAGGAAGUUGUCGAAAGAUUGAAAGGGCUAGCCACUGAAAGUGGCAAACUCUCAAAGUGCUUCACGUUUGAUAUAUUAUGCGCACAUGUAUGGAAGGCAAGAAUGGCUGCUCUUAAGCUACAUCCUGAUACAAAAAUAUGUUUGCAAUUCCCAGUGGAUGCAAGAAGCAGGUUCCAACCCCCACUUGGUAAAAACUUCAGUGGCAAUGCCAUUGUUCUUGCCUCAGUGUCAUGUUUGGUGAAAGAGCUAUUACAAGAGCCUCUAAAUUACACAAUCCAAAGAAUUCACACUGCGAAGGGCCUUAUGUCCGAUGAAUAUAUAAAAUUAUAUGCAAAGGCUCUUGAGUCCUCGGAUAAGUUUUUCCCCUCCAUGACAGAGCUGACAAUUGUAAGUGAUUGGUUGAAGUUUCCAUUGCAUGCCCUUGAUUUUGAAUGGGGACGAGUUUCAAACGCACUUCUCUUAGCAACUCCUGUACCUGAAACUGCAUUUCUAAUGCGAAAUCUUGAAGAAUCUGGACGGCUCCUCAUUCGAAUUGGUAUCGGAAGACAAUAUGUGCCUGAUCUCCUCAGGAAUUUCAAUGACUUCAACUACACAUCAAGCAGCAGAUUUUCUUCCACCUAUAAUUGA